AUGGAUAAAGUUAGGCAAAUGAAGGGAUUCAGACCACUUAAGAUCCUAAAUGCAAUAAGGGCGGAAGAUAAGGAUAAAUUGUCCACCAUUUCCACAAUCAAUGCCGCCAAAGCAACGAUUAAGAGAACUGAAUGGGAUGGUAGGUUCAUUAUGCAACAAUCAGAGUGGUUAGCAGAAACUCUUAACUACGCCAUGCAAACUAAGGUGGGUCCGGAUGAGAAAGUGACUCAUAUUUUUCUUGCACAUCCAAGGAUGAUGGAUUUGUCUCAGUCUUUUUACCAGGUUCUAUUCAUAGAUUGCACCUACAGGACAAACAAGUAUAAAAUGCCGAUGUUGAAUGUGGUAAGCCAUACUUCGAAUAAAAAUUCAUUCACCGUUGCAUGGUGCUUUAUGGAAAAAGAAGAAAUAAAGGACUAUGUUUGGGCGUUGCAACAAGUGAGGUUGAUUUACCGUGGAGAAGAGACGCCAUAG